ACCUUUUCAUUUCCAUACUCAGGCUCAAAAGUAGACACAACCAUAGAAUAUUUUCCAUUUCAACCAUCUCUGUGCUCUUCAACUCUAUCUCAACUCAUCCCACAUUUCAAUCCCCUUGGGAAAGUUUAAUCCUUUAGCUUCUUCAUCAAGUGGUGGAGUAUUAUGUAACCUAGAGCAGAUUCAUCUGUGGAACUCAGAAGGGUGUCUUCCUAAGUUCUAGUCAGAGAGAGAAGAGAUGAAGGUGUUUUUUGGGAGUCCAGGAAACAUAAGUGGGCUGCUCCUCAGAAUUGGACAGUGCUUUUUUGCUGCUGCUUCUAUUGGGGUCAUGGUCUCUGCUCAUGGCUUCUACACCUCUACUGCAUUUUGCUAUUUAAUUGCAUCAAUGGGGCUUGAAUUCCUUUGGAGUUUUGGACUUGCUUGCCUUGAUUUUCAUGCUUUGAGGUCAAAGAGGAGCUUGCAGAAUCCUGUUUUAGUGAGCCUAUUUGUUGUUGGAGACUGGGUGACUGCUACUCUUUCACUGGCAGGUGCAUGCUCAUCAGCUGGGGUGGCGGUUCUGUUCUCAAGAGACUUGGGUUACUGCUCCAAGACAUUUCCAUGCACCAGGUUCCAAAUCGGGGUGGCUUUCGCUUUUAUCUCAUGGUUCCUCCUCGCUAUUUCCUCACUAGUCAUGUUUUGGCUGCUAGGUGCAGUGUAAAAGACAACAACUUAUACCAACUUCACAAACAACUUAUUGUUCAAUUUUCCUUUGUAAAUAUAAUGUGACACAGAUCAAAACAGUUCAGUUUUGUUGAGUAGAUCUCAGAACUAAUUUUGCUACAGAUUUCUGGGUCCAUACAGUUAUAAAGUCUUGUAAUGGGAUCCAUCAAUUAAGAAUCAGCACUUGUUUUAUUUUUCUCA